AUGAUGGUGGUACUGCAGUUAAUGGCGAUCUGUCUGGCACUGGUCUCGACCCUCUUCCUCAUUGUGGCUACCUGGACAGACUGCUGGAUGGUCAAUGCAGACGAUGACUUGGAGGUCAGUCAGAAGUGCAGAGGCCUGUGGUGGGAGUGCGUCACCAACACGCAGGAUGGCAUUCGCACCUGCGACCAGUACCAAUACGAGACCAUCCUGGCAGAGCACCCGCUGAAGAUCGUGCUGACCCGUGCUCUGAUGAUCAUGGCGGACAUUUUGGCCAGCUUCGCCCUCAUCAUCCUGGUGCUGGGCCUGGACGUCAUCAAGAUCCUGAAGGAGGAGCCGCACAUCAAGAUCAGGAUAUACUACUUUGCAGGAUUUAUCUUCGGGAUAGGAGGCAUUCCGGGUAUGAUCGGAUCCGUGUGGUAUGCAGUGGACGUGUAUGUGGAAAGAGCCACCCUCGUGCUGAAGAAUGUGUAUCUGGGAAUGCACUAUGAGUUCGGCUGGUCCUGUUGGCUGGGAAUGGCUGGCUCCACCGGAUGCUUUCUUACCUCAAUUGUGCUGACCUGCUGUCUGUAUAUUUUCAGAGAUGCCAGAUCAUCGCAGCACCACAGGUCCAUAUACCAGUACGGCAGGACAGCCGCGGGGAAGAAGUAUGCCAUGGACUCGCGUGUGUAG